AUGUUGCGAACUCUCCGACCCACGCUGCCCUCGCGGUGCCUGCGCCUCUACUCGACUGCACCGGAGAAACCUUCCUUGAAGCUCGUCGCUGAGCUCAGGAAGCGCACCGAAGUCUCCAUCGUCAAAGCCCGAGAAGCACUCAGCGCGUCGAACAACGACAUCGAAGCAGCUCUCCAAUGGCUGGCAAAAGACCUCGAAACCACCGGCGCCAAAAAGGCCGCUAAAGUAGGAGGCAGAACCACCAACGAAGGCCUCGUCAGUGUCUCCAUCCUCUCCAACUUCACCGCUUCCGGGCUACAGCGUGGAAUUCGGGCAGCCAUGAUUGAGCUCAACUGCGAGACGGAUUUCGUCGGGAGGAACGAGCUGUUCGGGAGGUUGGCGGGCGAUAUCGCCCAUACGGCUGCUGUGGUUGCAGAGCCAGGUGCAUCGGUCUUCCAGAACCUUUCGCUAGAGUUCUUGCAAGAGGCCCCGCUCGUGUCGCGGUCAGACCCGACUUCAGCCCCUUCGGGAACGGUUGCAACCACGAUUCGCGACACCAUUGCCAAGGUCGGAGAAAACAUCACCCUCAGGAGAGCACUCGUCGUCGCCGCAGAGCCACCAGCCGCAGACGCAGCUCAGGCACUUCGACUCGGCCAAUACGUUCACGGCACUAUUCACCAACCAACGGAAGGACGAAUCGGAACCCUGGCACUGUUGGGUCUGAAAUAUCCCUCACCAAAGGGUUUCACCCAAGAAACCACUGAAAAAUUGGCAUCCCUCGAACGAGCACUUGCUCGCCAGAUCGUCGGAUUCCCCACUCAGUCCAUAAAGGGCAGCGAAGAGACGGCCCUCUACAGCCAGCCUUUCAUGAUGCUUCCAGGAGAGCUCAACAGUCGACCAGUUGGUGAAGCUCUGCAGGCUUGGUCUGUCCAGCAGGGAAUUGUAGGCAGUGAAGGUGACGCUGGUGCGGUCGAAGUUUUGGAGUUUGCUAAAUGGUCUGUUGGAGAACCACUAGAAUCAUAG